AUGACGAUGACAACUACUAUAGUUUCCCAUAGAUUUACAGGCUUCCAUGUUAAGCCAUAUCGUCACAGAUCUCAAUCUCUCUUCUCCAACUUCAACCCUUUGGGUCUACUCGAGGUUCGAAGCAGUUUUCUGGGUAGCCGAAGUUCAGAAUAUCUGAUCAGAAACAGGCAGGAGAGAGAAUAUGAAUCACAGCCCAUCAAAAGAUCUAAGAUGGUUUUCACCGUCUAUGCCGAUGUUUCUCCAGCAGCUCCGGUACCCUCCGGGCCACCCCCUGCGAACUCUUGGAAAAAAUGGAUUAUUGGAAUAAUUCUUACAGUGGUUCUACCAUUCGUGGCUCGCAAAUGGAAGCUAUUGUUGAGACUGAAACAGGGCUUUGAAAUGGUGGCGCACACAGCAGAAGAGGUAGCAGAGGUCGUGGAAAAGGUGGCGCAGCAAGUGGAUGAUGUGGCAGAAAAUGUCGCCGAUCACCUUCCUGACGGAGCACUCAAAAAAGCUGUAACUGUCGUGGAAAACGUGGCCGAAAAAACAGCUAGGAAUGCUCAUUACGCAGAUAAAAUCAUCGAAAAGGUUGACGAAGUAGUGGAGAAAAAGUUGGAUUCAAUGAUUGAAGCAGGCGCUAAUAGAGGUAAAGCAAGUUCCAAGGAAGCAAAGGCCCAGAAGUAGAUGAUCAACUCCUCUAAUUCGGAUUAGAUAUGUAUUAGGUGUUGGAAUAAAAGUGUGAAAUGUAAGAGUUGAUGGAGUGAUAGUGGGAAGACAUUUUAAUAGGAUUAUGUUAGCCCUUAAGUCGCGUCAAUUCGAAAAGGUUGAACCGAUUAUGGUGUUUAAAAGUUAUUUUUUUUUUUUUUUGGGUACAACGAUCAUACGCAUAUCGAUUAAUU